AUGACAGUGGAUGUGGAGAGAAAUCCAACCCUCGCUGCGAGUGGGAAGCUACAGUCCUGUUUAGCCCCUCCUGCUGCUGUCUCUACUUUCUCUGCAACUUAGGAGGGGAGUGAACGCGCUGAUCCCGGGAGAAUGCAGCACCUACUGUGGCCUAGGGGUUCUGGGGGGCUUCCGCUGCUCCUCUGCUUCGUGCUGCUGAACAGCCGCCCAGGGGGCUGCAGCGACAUUAGUGGCCACGAUGGUCAGGGCCAAGUGGGAGUGGGGCAGCUCUGGCCCCUCCACGGAUUUGUUUCUACAGUCUUCCAGCACUUGCAAGUUGUACUCCAGCAGAUUGUGCCCCUAAGUUUGUUCUGGAAGGAUGACAUCACCCAGGGUGUGAUGACCCAGAGGAUGGGGCACAUCAGCAGAUUCUACCCCCAAGAUCCAUGUCUGAGGCAUGGAUAGGCAACCUUUCCCACCAAAACCACUGGGAUAAGCCCAAUGGCCAAAGUGAACAGGGAUCAAUGUUUUACCUCCAAAGUGGAUCUGAAGACCCUGAAACGAGAGGUGACCAACCCUGUCAAGGACUUCUUUGAGCCACCCCCCACUGUGGGCCACAACCUUGUUGCUGAUUGAGACCUCAUAUGAAGCCUCUCUGCCCCAGUGCCCUCUGCCCUCCAGAGGAGCAGUUCUAGGAUGACCCAAAUCUGGAUCAUUAAAGUGGACUUUUGUGCAAA